UUACUUCCCUUAUAUUGAAAUACUCCAUUUGUAGACCUUGAAGAGAAGACGAUUGUUUUUCACAAAGAAACAAGUAUACAAAGUACAUUACAAUGAAUUAUGCUCGGUUUCUUAAUAAAAUCAGUCAGGCAAGACAGCCAUCUCCAAUCAGAGUCUUAACUGCUAUUCUUCAGCAAAGUAAACCAUCAAUGAUUUCAAUGGCUGGAGGCAUGCCUAAUGUUCGUACAUUUCCGAUUGAAUCCGCAUCCUUGAAGUUAAGUGAUGGUACACAGCUAGAGAUGGAUUCUGAACUUAUGAAGAAAGCUCUGCAGUACACUCAGACACCGGGAGUUCCAGAUUUAGUGAACUGGGUGAAAGGCUUACAAGAACGUGUCCACAAUCCACCAGCGCAAGGUAGUGGAGGAGAAAAUUGGGAUCUCCUCAUAACAAAUGGAAGUCAGGAUGGCAUAUGUAAGUCGUUUGAAGCAAUGGUUUCACCUGGAGACAAAGUUCUUGUAGAAACACCAUCAUAUCCAGGUACAUUGGCCAUACUAAAGCCCAUGGAUUGUGAGUUAAUACCUGUGAACUCAGACAAGAAUGGACUUGACCCUAGUGACCUUGAAAGAGUGAUGUCACAAUGGGCUGUAUCAGACUGCGAUAUUCCUAAACUAUUAUAUUUAAUUCCAAAUGGAGGGAACCCUACAGGGCACGGAUUGACAGAAGAAAGGAAAAGAAAGAUAUACAGUAUUGCUCAAAAGUACAAUCUCCUUAUUUUGGAAGAUGAUCCUUAUUUUUACUUACAAUUUAAUGAGCCAUAUGUUCCAAGUUUUAUGUCGCUAGAUGUAGACGGUAGAGUUUUAAGAUUUGACUCGUUCUCAAAACUUAUUUCAUCAGGGAUGAGAGUUGGUUCAGUGACAGGACCUAAUCCUAUUCUAGACAGAAUAGCAUUACACAUGCAGGCUUCUGUCAUGCAUGCGAGCUGUCUGUCUCAGAUGGUGUUACUGCAAAUAUUGAAUGAGUGGGGAUAUGAAGGUUUUGAUCAACAUGUUGAAAUUGUCACAGAGUUUUAUAGACAGAAGAAAAAUAUCUGUUUGAAAGCUGCUGAGAAACAUCUAACAGGUCUGGCUGAGUGGAAUGAACCAUCAGGUGGAAUGUUUCUGUGGCUCAAGCUCAAUGUAAAGGAUACAUAUGAACUGAUUACGGUGAAGGCACGAGAGAGAGAUGUCCUCUUUGUUCCGGGUAAUGCAUUUCAGGUGGAUGCUACACAGCCGUGUCAGUAUGUGAGGGCUUCUUAUUCAUUGUGUAGUGAAGAACAAAUGAAUACGGCAUUUGAAAGGCUUGCAGGUUUGAUAAAGGAGGAGCAGUCUAGUUAGAACGGCACUCCAACAUGAACUGUGAUAUAGUUGAGGGUUUACCACUUUCAUGAAAAAAAAGAUAUAACUAGAACAAGUACAAAGAGAUGUAAUUGGAAGAAAGUACAUACAGAUAUAAUUUGAAAAAAAAUACACAGAUAUAUAAUUGGAAAAAAUGUUCAUACUGGUACUGAUAUACUUUGUGUCAAAGUAGGUCAAGAGUGUACAGAUGUUUCAGGGAAUUUUUUGUGUUGUCAUAAACUGAUGUUUCAUUGAAAAUUUUAUGCUUUUAGUAUUGCAGUUAACAAAUGUUUCAGAGAAAUCAUUAUGCCUUCAGUAUUCUCGUUGACAGAAGAUUCAGGGAAAUUUUUAUGCCUUUAAAAUUGUCGUUAUUGUAUAAAAUGAUUAUGUUUUACCUUAUAUAGUGAAGACUUCCUUGAUUUUGUGGAGAUCAGGUUUUUCAGUCACUAAUUUUGACUUCCAAACCACACAAUGGGUAUUACAUAGUUCUACAUAUUGUUAUCAUCUUUGUAUAUGAUUUUUUGAGUUAUUUCAUAAAAAAUAAUGAUAAGAAAAUUGUAGAAGUUCUUAGAAAAAAAGUUAUUUUUCGAAAUUGUAAUUCAGCCUCAUUUUUAUAGUAGGAAAAAUACAUAUUUAACAUAUAAUUGACAUUCUUAAAGAUUAAAACUUUAUAAAGAUCCUAAUACCACCUUCAGAUUGUAUUUAAUAUCAGGAUCGGACGAAUGCAAAAUGAAGCCCGAUUUGAAAAAAAACACUGUUACGGAUUAGGUGAUUCGAACACUAGUUAUUGUCUUAUUUAUGAAUAUGUUUUGAAAUGUCUAAUGUUUAAAGAGAAAUUAGCAGAAACAUUGUUACAGAACUAAGGUGAAUGAAACAACGAGUAACUAUUUCAUAUAUUGCAAUGUUGUGAAAAGAAUAUUAUACAAAUGUACCUUAUAUAAAAGUACUGCAGUAUUGUUUGAUAAUAAAGUAUAUAAAUGAUGUACUCAGAAUGUUGAAAUAUCUUUUUAUGAUUGUUUUAUUCUUUGUUACUGUAUAACAUACAAAGUUAGCUUUUGUUGUCUGUAUAGUUAUUGCAUUAUUUUAACCUUCAGCCUGCUGGCGGCAAGUGGUUCUGCCUUUGCGACCAGAGCAGACCAAGAUCAGCCUGCUGGCGGCAAGUGGUUCUGCCUUUGCGACCAGAGCAGACCAAGAUCAGCCUGCUGGCGGCAAGUGAUUCGGCCUUUACGACCAGAGCAGACUGCACUGUUCGCUCGCUAUUCAGUCAGUAAAUUUUCAGCGAACACCCCUUUGAAUGAUAAAUGAUACUGCCCAAAUUGAAUGAUAGACCAGUCCAUUUUAGAAAUUUAGCAGUGUAAAGGUUUAAAUUAAUUUGUAGACUACAGCUUUAUCAGUACGUUACUAAAUUUUGUGUUGUUCAGGUUGAGCUAUUUAUUAGUCUUGGCAGAUGGUCCAGUGUUUCUUUUAACAUUUUGUCCAUGUUUAUACUCAUUUUGCCAGACCCAUAGACAGUUGAUAAAGUUCCUUUUAUCAGGCAUUUAUAAAUUCAUGUUAAAUACCGGAAGUAUAUAUGUUUCUAUUUUAUACAUGAUAUUAUAAAUGUGUUAUUGGUCUCAAAAAACUAUAAUAGUGUAUAAGUUUUUCUAAACUAGUUGGAGCUUAGCUAAUUACAUAAUAAAAUCUACCUCCAUUAUAAGCAUUUAUUAAUGACUGAAGGAGGGUCACAUUUUCAAUAUUUAUGCACCCCUUUGAAGAAAGUGGGGUAUAUUGUUUUGCAGAUGUUGGUCGAUAGGUCAGUCGGUCGGUUUGUCUGUCCGUAGACCAAUCUGUUUCUGGAUGAUAACUCAAGAACGCUUUGGCCUAAGAUCAUGAAAGUUGAUAGGGUGGUUGGUCAUGACCAGCAGAUGACUUCUAUUGAUUUUGAGGUCAGUAGGUCAAAGUCACAGUGACCCAGGACAGUUAAAUGGUUUCCGGAUGAUAACUCGAGAACGCUUGGGCCUAGGAUCAUAAAAGUUGAUAGGGAGGUUGGUCAUGACCAGCAGAUGACCCCUAGCAAUUUUGAGGUCAGUAGAAUAAAGGUCAAGGUCACAGUGACCCGGAACAGUUAAACCAUUUCUGGACGAUAACUUGAGAACACUUGGGCCUGGGAUCAUGAAAGUUGAUAGAGGUUGAUCAUGAAAGCAGAUGACCCCUAAUGAUUUUGAGGUCAGUAGGUCAAAGGUCAAGUUCACAGCGAAAUGGAACAGUUAAACCAUUUCUGGAGGAUAAUUUGAGAACACUUGGGCCUAGGAUCACAAAACUUUAUAGGGAAGUUGAUCAUGACCAGCAGAUGAUCCCUAUUGAUUUUAAGGUCACAGUGACUAGGAACAAUUAAACCAUUUCCAGAUGAUAACUUGAGAAUGAAUGGGCCUAAGAUGAAGAAACUUAAUAGGGAGGUUGAUCAUGACCAGCAGAUGACCCUUACUGAUUUUGCAGUCAGUAGGUCAAAGGUCAACGUCAUGUUGACCCAGAACAGUGCACAGUGACCAAAUCAUUUCUGUUCCUUGUGCAAGUACUGAAUGCAUUAAGUGGGGCAUAUCAUUUUUACUAACUCGAAGAACAUUUCAGAUUUCAAAAAGAUCCAAGAUAUUUUGAUAGUAGACAUCUUCUUGUCAGUUUCUGUCAUCCAAGAUUUUUUUUUUCAAUGUUUAUUUCAAUUUGUUCCAGUCUUUUUGAAAGUAAAAAAAAAGAACAUCUCAACAUAGAAAUAGAUAUACAAACAAUGUAUCAGAUAGUUUCAGUAAGGUUUAUUCCAAAUAAAAAGAGCACUUUUGAACAUAAAAUGAAAUUUAUUUGCUACAGAAUCAGUGUGAAGCUAGUAGAGUAACUGUAAUUUGACUUUCUAUUUGGAUCUUGGGUAAUGUUAAGACAAAUUAAAUACAAAAGCUUGCUGUGUAAAUAUAUUAUGUAUCUAUAGUCAUGGUUUUUAUUCUGCCCCAUCCAGACAGCUGAUGGCAUGCUGCAGUUUGAUCGAGGCCCAGUAGGGGUAAUCAGAUUCAGAGCUGUUUGUAUAGAUCUAAUAUUGGUACUGAAGUAGCAUAACUACCCCUUGCUGUUGUGUCAUGAUUUGUUUUUGAUUUUUUUUUAUAAUUUUUCACAUUUAUUUUGAAGUGAUGAGAUGAAUAAAAAUAUAAUUUAUUACAA